AUGUCGGCAAAUCGCUACGUCCGUUCGCGAUGCCUCAGGCCCAAGCCCAAGCCCGAGCGAGAAGGAACAUUCGAUACAGUGUUCUGGUCACUAUCUGCAUUGUCAUCCCCUACCCCCGCCCCAACCCCAACCCCAUCCCCCUCCGCCAGCAGCUCGGCUCCAUUUUGGCACUUGCGCUACUUUCUGCAGUUUCUCUCUUCACUCACUCGCUUCACUUUUCUUCUCUUUUCGCUGCCGUUUACGCCCAGGCCCAGUACCCCACCGCUGCUGACAGUGACGCGAGUUGAGUUCGGUUCCGUCCCGUUCUGGGAUUCUGGUCUACGCGCGGGUACCUUUACUUUCUUCUCGUUCUUCUAA